AUGCAACAAAGUAAAAAAUUAAUAUUUGCCAAAAAAUUUUUAAAUUUUUUUAUCAAAAAAGGAGUAGUUCUAUUAGAAAAAGAAGAUGCCCAUUUAAUAGCAGCACUUAAUUAUACCUUGCAUUGGUUGCAACAAGAAAGGAAGCGUCAAAAAGAGGAAAUAAUUACUACACAAUUUUUAGUUGGAAAUGAAAAUAUUCAAAUAAAAAAAUUUGGGAAAUUAAUUGCUUUAAUUGAAACAAUUUCUGAUCCAAACGAUCAUUAUGGACACAACAUUGUAGCACUUAUCGGCCCAGGAGAGAGGCAUUUAUCUGAACAAUUAAGCGUUUUGGCUGCUAAUAAAUUGAAUUUGCCUUAUUUCUCUUUGGUUGAUCCAUUAGAACAUCCAAAACUGGAUGAAGGAGGGAAUAAUGUUUUAUUUAAAAAUAAUGAAGAAGAAAAUGAGGAUUUAAUUAAUCAUUUUGAUAUGUUUCCACAUAAAGAAUUAUUUGAAGCAAUAAUUGAUUUAAUUAGACAUUGGCGUUGGGGACGUUUAAUUAUUGUUUUUAGUGAACCUGAAAGAAUUCGUCGUUUAGUUGUUUUUCUUGAACAUGAAGCUUUUGUUUCUAUUCGUUUUCAUUUAGUUUAUGUAGAAGAUGGGGAUUAUUUAAAGGCGGCAAAGGAAGUAAAAUAUUUGGAAGAAUGUAAUGAGGAGGAUAAUGCUAAAUUAUGUAUGUAA